AUGAAACCAUUUCGGUCAUCGUCAUCGUCGUUGCUGUCCCCGAUGGCAGCUGCUGUCACCGUUGUUGCCGUCUCCAUCAUUCUCUCCGCCACAGCCGUACCGCCGGUGGCGGCGGCUACCGUCGAGCACACGUUCGUGGUGAGCCAGGUGAAUAUGACGCACAUGUGCAACGAGAUUCCGGUCACUGUGGUGAACGGGCAGUUGCCGGGGCCGACCAUAGAGGUCACCGAGGGAGACACAGUGAUCGUGCACGUUGUCAACAAGUCGCCCUACAACCUCACAAUCCAUUGGCAUGGAGUGUAUCAGAUGCGAAACUGUUGGAACGAUGGGGUGCCGAUGGUAACACAACGCCCCAUCCGGCCCAACGGCAACUUCACCUACCAGUUUGACGUCGCCGGGCAGGAAGGCACCCUGUGGUGGCACGCCCACGACGCCUUCCUCCGGGGAGCCAUCUAUGGCGCUCUCAUCAUACGACCCCGGAACGGCGCCGCCUCCUACCCAUUUCCCAAGCCUCACAAAGAGAUCCCCAUUCUCAUAGGGGAAUGGUGGGAGAAGGACCUUGCAGCGGUGGACAGGAAUUUUUCGAGAGGUCUAUACGACGAAUUCUCCAGUGGGUCCACAAUCAACGGCAAGCUUGGAGAUCUCUUCAACUGCUCCGGCGUCUUCGAAGAUGGGUACGUGCUGGACGUGGAGCCCGGCAAGACGUACCUGCUGCGAAUAAUCAACGCAGCGCUCUUCUCCGAGUACUUCAUCAAGAUCGCCGGGCACAAGUUCACGGUGGUCGCCGCUGACGCCAAUUACGUCACGCCCUACACCACGGACGUCAUCGUGAUCGCGCCGGGCGAGACGAUGGACGCCCUGGUCGUCGCCGACGCGGCACCGGGCAGGUACUACAUCGCCGCCCAGCCGAUCCAGGCGCCUCCGCCGGACACGCAGACACCAGAGUUCGCCACCCGAGGGACGUUGCAGUAUACCGGCGGGGUCACCAACUCGAGCCGCGCUGACGUCGUGGCGCCGGAGAUGCCGCACGAGCACGACACCAUCAAGUCCUUCUACUUCCACGGCAACCUGACGGGCCUCCGGCACCGGCAGCGCGCGGGUGCCGGCGCGCGCCGACGAGCGUCUCUACGUCACGCUCGGGCUGGGCUCCAUAUGCCGGCACGGCCGCAAGUCGUGCAAGAGAGGGACGAGCCGAAGAGCAACCAGGUGAUUGCAAACAUGAACAACGUCUCCUUCCACGACGCGACGGCGACGCCGAUCCUCGAGGCGCACUACUACCGCCGGGGCGGCAACGGCGUGAUGCGGCUGGAGCCGACGUCCAGGGCGACGGUAGUGCGGCGGUUCAGGCACGGCGACGUGGUGGACAUCGUGUUCCAGAGCACGGCCAUGCUGCAGGGCGACUCCAACCCGAUGCACCUCCAUGGACACGACAUGUUCGUCCUCGCGCAGGGGAUCGGCAACUAUGACGCGGCCACGGAUGAGGCCAAGUUCAACCUGGUGAACCCGGCGAGGAAGAACACCGUCCUCGUCCCCAAUCUUGGCUGGGCGGCCAUCAGAUUUGUCGCCGACAAUCCAGGGGCAUGGUUCAUACAUUGCCACUUCGAGUUCCAUUUGGCGAUGGGCAUGGCUGCAGUGUUCGUUGUAGAGGAUGGGUCAACACCCAAUACAUCCCUCCCUCCACCACCACCGGGUUUCAUGGAAGGAAGUCCAUGA